AUCAAUCAAUGUUUUUUAUCUUCAAAGUUAAUCUGUUCCAUCACGGGCAUACACAAAUUAUACGCCAGCAGAUCAUCAGAAAGAAAGCAAGAAAGAUGAACAGCAAUAGCGCUAAUACUCGUCCAGAUAUGGAUGAUGAUGAUGAUGAGGAAGAAGAAGUUGCACUUCCAGGGUUUCGCUUCCACCCAACUGAUGAAGAACUUGUGGGGUUCUAUCUUCGAAGGAAGGUUGACAAGAAACCACUCAGUAUUGAGUUAAUCAAACAAGUUGAUAUCUACAAAUGUGAUCCAUGGGAUCUUCCAAAGCCUAGCAGUGUUGGAGAGAAAGAAGGGUAUUUCUUUUGCAAAAGAGGGAGGAAGUACAGGAACAGCAUUAGACCAAAUAGAGUGACAGGAUCUGGAUUCUGGAAAGCAACUGGCAUUGACAAGCCUGUGUACUCGCAUGGAGGAGAAGGCCGAGACUGUAUUGGCCUCAAGAAAACGUUAGUGUACUACCGCGGAAGUGCAGGAAAAGGCACCAAAACCGAUUGGAUGAUGCACGAGUUUCGCCUCCCCACCAACGAUAGCACCACCACCACCAACCUUGCCAAUGUUAAAAGCUCUACUCAAGAAGCGGAAGUAUGGACGUUGUGUCGAAUCUUCAAGAGAAAUGUGUCGCACAGGAAGUACACAUCAGAUUGGAGAGAAUUAUCUAACAAACGUCAACCAGCUGCAAUUGACACAAGCUCAAAGACAUGCAGUGUAGAUUCUAAUAGCAGAGAAAAUUACCUUAGUUUUGGUGCUCCACACAUUCAAUAUAGCGAUAAGAAGCCAGUUUUAAAUCAUGUCAAUGAGAGGAAACAGUUGCAUGCGGAGCAGUUGAGCUCCAUAACGAAGCCUGCAUCAUCUAUGGCAACCUCGUCAAAUAUUCAAAGUCCUUAUUGGAAUGAGGCCUUCACUUAUGGCGAUUGGGAUGAACUUAGAUCAGUUGUGGAGUUUGCUUUGGGUUCUCCUUUUCUCUAGUUUCUACAAUUUCUAGCUCUCUCGCCUGUUUGGUUUUGUUUACAAAGACAAUUCACUUACCAUGAAUUUAGCUCCGAAGAGAAAGCUCAUGUAAUCUAUAUAAUGACUUGUUCUUGGAAUGUUCAUGGGAAUUGAAUAAUUAGACGAUUAUGUUAUAU